GCCACAUAUCGAUCAGGACAUAGAGAGAUGUGUCGGCUCUUGUCACGCAUGCGCAGAGACACGCAGUUUGCCAGUGAAAGCGCCGCUCCAUCCAUGGUCCUGGCCGACGCGUCCUUGGCAACGCCUACACAUGGACUUUGCAGGUCCAAUAAAAGAUUUGGAUUUCCAGAAACACUCGUGUCCGACAACGGAAGCCAGUUCAUUUCUGCAGAGUUCCAAGCCUACCUCAAGCACAGGGGCAUUGGGCACGUAAGAACCGCACCGUAUCACCCAAGUAGCAACGGACUGGCUGAACGUUUUGUUCAGACUUUGAAGUCAGCGCUCCGCAAGAGCAGUCCGAGGAGCGCCAGUGAGGAGUUAGCCGACUUCCUUCUGACGUAUCGUAAUACGCCUCAUGCUACGACAGGGGAGGCCCCUUCCACUUUGCUCCUGGGGAGACGCCUGCGGACCAGACUAGACCUCAUACGACCAGCGGUCGAGAACAGAGUGCGUCAGCGCCAGUUCGACCAGACAAGGCGUCACCCGCGUCGUGACAACGUCAUCGCUGUUGGUGAUGCCGUUCGUGUGCGCAAUUUCCGAUCGGGACCAAAGUGGCUGUGUGCAACAGUUCUUGCCCGUACGGGACCAGUGUCAUAUCGGUUAAGUGUAGUGACUCCGCGUGGUGUGUUCCAGUGGGUGCGUCACCAAAAUCACAUCCGCAACGAUAACACCGGCAUCGCCACGGAGUUCGAACUACCCUUCAGUGAAAGGCAGCAAGAAGUCCCCGCACAGGUCCCGGCCUGCGACUCAUCACAUGACGUCGACAGCUCGCCCACCGCACAAAGUGAACCGGCGGACACUUCAAACGAUCCUAGCGAACGUCGCUACCCGCAGAGACAGCGUCGCCCACCUGAUCGCUUUGUGCCGUGAACUUUUUGGACAAUGCUUGGGGAUCCAAAUAAGUGUGGGGGGAUGUCGCAUAUCUGUACACGUGUGCUUGUGCGAUACUCUGUCACGCGGCCCAUAUCGCAACACCCUCGCCCACGAUGUGAAUAAAAGCGCUUGGCGCGCGGUUGGGCGGGGGCACUUUCCCUCCGGCACUCUUGGUUAUCGCUAUG